AAAUCAAUAUACUCCAUGUGGGCCAUCAAUGAAUCAUUGAAAAUACUACCACAUACUUGUACACAUUUCAAGGUGGAUAGAUAUUUGGAAAAAUGCUUGUCUUUUGUUAUCAAUGGAACAGGGUGGACUCUUGUGAAUUUAGUUAAGACGUUCAUUGCUCCAUCGGACACCAAUCUUUUGAUCUUUAAUGGUAUACCAUACGACCAACUACCCAUCGUCAAUAUCAAAGCAACUUACAACAACACUCACAUAUCAGUUGCUGAUCAUACCGGGAGAACUAUAGCACGUACCUCAUGUGGAACAGAAGGAUUCAAGAAUGCCAAGAAAGGAACCGCCAUUGCUGCUCAAACAGCCGCUAUCGCAGCUGCUUCGAAAGCUUUGGAUAAAGGAAUGAACACAGUUCGAAUAGUCAUCAAAGGAAUCGGACCAGGUCGUCAGACCUCUAUCAAAGGAUUACAGAUGGGUGGACUCGACAUAGUUUCUAUUACGGACAACACGCCUGUCCCGCACAAUGGCUGUCGCCCUCGCAAGGCAAGGAGAUUAUGAUCGGGGAAUCAGCUGAAACUCUUCGCAUUCUGCAGGUAAGGACCAUACAGGGUGUAUACAAAAAAACACACAGCCCAACUUUUAUAUCUUUGUGUGAAAAAAAAUGCUUCCUUACAAUUUGCCUAUUCGAUGUUCAGUGGAACUAAACUACUAUUUUGCAGCUUUUCUUAGAACAAAGGUUAACAAUCAUAAUAUAUCUGUAAAGCGCUUAGAGAGUCGUACUAAGUAUCAUAUAUGAAGUGCUAUUUAAAAGCCGAUAUAUUAUUAUAUCUGGUUAUAGGAAUCUGACCAAGGUAUUUCUCAAAUGCCAAUAAAAGAUGUUCUUUCUAGUGAUAUCAUCACUUCUUUUGUCACCAAUUUAACGUUUUUCUCAUAAAGAUAAAUUAGCAUAUUGACUUUUGUUUUGGGGUUUUUUUUUUCAGUAUACUGUAUGCACUAAUAUGUUUGUUUAGGAUGAAAAGAGUCAGAAGGCCAUCAUCUGUUUGUAAAUUACAUGAGAUUGUGUCAUUGCUCUUAUUAGAUACAGAAAUAAGAAUAAGAAGUGUUCAAUGAUAAUACAGUGCCCAUUUUAAUGUAUUGCACUGUAUUCAUAUGGGUGGUAAGGUUUGCAGUUACACCAUGUAAUGUUAGUCCUGAUAAUAGUUCUUUAAAAUGUUAGUCUUGAUGUUUUGGGCAUAUAAUCUCUGCUUGUCGUUAAGAUAUUGGUGUAAUAUAUUUUUUCAGGGAUAUUUUUUACUUUUGAAUAAUGUUUGCGGUGCAAAAAGGUUUGUAGAAUUAUUGAUUUGAUGAGACUUGCAUCCAUGAGACCAUUUUUAAUUUAUGAGGCAAGAAGAUGGGAUAGGGAGAUCUUUUUCAAAUUUCAAACCGAUGAUAAGUAACAAUGAUUAAGGAGUAUGUGGGUCCCCGCUAUUUCAUAUACAACGGGAAGUAAAUUACACUGGCGCUGGGGGAGAUUUCACCCCCGAAAUACCCAUAAGAGCCCUGGAAAAUCGUCAUUCACU